AUGUUUGUGCUCUCUGUGCAGACCACUGGACUUGUAGGAUUGGCUGUAGCUGAAAACCCUCAUGAGCGCCUGCGAAUAUUGUACACAAAAAUCCUUGGUGUCCUGCAAGCCAUUCCGAAAGAUGCAGCAUAUAGGAAAUACACUGAGCAGAUUGUAAAUCAGCGAUUUAAUUUGGUGCAAACG